UUGGGCCCGGCCCGAUAACGAAAUUGGUACCUGGUCGAGUGCCGGAGAGACUGGGAAGCCGGGAAAUUUUCAGGCUAUACGACGUUAGCUUUACAGAAACUUCUGGAGGGAAACCAAGGUUGAAGACGACUACUAGUCUACAAGCUCAUCGUGUUCUUGAAGCUCGUUAUGGAGCUGGGCGACCCUGUGGAAGCGGAAUUGGAGCAAGACUUUGAACCAGUAGAAGGUCGGAAUGGACCCUCUCACCACCCUUCUGCGCCACCUGAUGAGUUAUUUGAUAUCUCGACGACGGUUGAUCCUAGCUAUAUCAUCUCUCUAAUACGGAAACUUUUGCCAUCUAACGCAAGUAACCCGUGCAAAUCUGAUGAAGAUGAUGAUCGUGACGACCCAGGACAAGGAUCAGUGGCCAAAAUGGAUGAAAGUGAUGCCUGUUUAUCAGGCGACCGAGUCUUAAGUCCUUCAGGGACGGUAGGUAAAUGCCAGGGAAUUGAAAUUACGGAUGGUUCUGAUAAAUUUGCUGAUCAAGAAGGUGAGGAGGAAGGCUCCUGCCCUAGAUUGGAGCAACCCAUUUCAUCAUCAGAAGAAAAGGUCUGGGAAGAGUAUGGCUGCAUUCUGUGGGAUCUUUCUGCGAGUAGAUCUCAUGCAGAACUUAUGGUUCAGAACCUUGUCCUUGAAGUCCUUUCUGCGAACCUUAUGGUCUCACAAUCUGUGCGUGUUUUGGAGAUUAGCCUUGGAAUUAUUGGAAACCUGGCCUGCCAUGAAGUUCCCAUGAAACAAAUAGUCGCUAAGAGUGGAUUGAUUGCAAUCAUUGUGAACCAGUUGUUUCUAGAUGAUGCUCAAUGCUUAUGUGAAGUUUGCAGGUUAUUAACUGCGGGUAUUCAAAGUUGCAAAUGUAUCACAUGGGCCGAGGCUUUGCAUUCUGAGCAUGUUCUUUCUCGUAUUCUGUGGGUUUCUGAGAACACUUUAAAUCCACAACUUAUUGAAAAGAGUGUUGGACUAUUAUCAGCCAUUGUUGAGAGUAAGCAGGAAGUUGCGAAAAUUCUUCUCCCUUGUUUGACGAAGCUGGGUUUUUCGAGUGUUUUGUUCAACCUUUUUGCUUUUGAGAUGAAAAUAUUAACAAAUGAAAGAUCAACUGAAAGGUACUCAAUUUUGGAUGUGAUUCUUCGGGCAAUUGAAGCACUCUCUGCAAUUGAAGAGCAUUCUCAAGAAAUACGUUCAAAUAAAGAACUUUUUCAGCUACUUUGUUAUCUAGUCAAAUUGCCAGAUGUAUUAGAGGUUUCCAGUUCUUGUGUUUGUGCUGUGGUUUUGAUUGCAAAUAUUCUGUCAGAUGUACCUGACCUAGCCUUUGAGAUGUCUCAGGAUUUGUCUUUCCUACAAGGUCUACUUGAUAUAUUCUCUUUUACUGGGGAUGAUUUAGAGGCACGUGAUGCUGUUUGGAGCAUCAUUGCCAGGAUACUGGUUCGUGUUCAAGAAAAUGUGAUGACCCGGCCAAGGCUAUUUGAGUACGUCUCGUUACUAGUGAGUAAGACUGAUCUCAUCGAGGAUGAUCUUCUGGACCAGCGGAUGACUGAAUCAAGUAAAGAAGAGGGUGAAUUGAUCUCAACCUGCAUGAAACCAACCUCUAGAUGUAUAUCUUUAAGAAAGAUAAUUACUAUUUUAAAUCAUUGGACUGCUUUAAAGGAUGAAGAGACAAACGUGAGAGAUGAAUAUCAUGUCGAAGAUGUAGAUGUCAAUAGAUUGUUGAAUUGCUGCUGUAAACAUUCUGAAUGACCAGGGAGUUAGCGAACAGAAAUCCAAACGUGAUAACGUAUAGUGUCACUCUCAGCCACUUUCAGUACGUACACUUAAGUUAAAUGCCUCACCUUUCAGUACACAGUCCAGGAUAUUAUUUUGAAUUCAUUAUCAAGUGAAGUGGAAGAGUCGAUACAAAUAUUUACUGAAUGGAACAUAGUUUGUGGCUGUACUAUGCAACGAGGUCAAGCCUGUUUGUCGGAUGGUAUUUGUUGGUCUCAGGCUUGACAGAGUCUCCAAACUUCCAGGCUCCUGUGAAAUUUUCAGUUGUAUACUACUUGCCUUAUAUGUGGUUUGAAGACGGUUUUAAGACUACAAAUUAGCUGUAAUUGGUUAUAUCUAAAAUCAUAUAUUAUUCAGUGAUCACUGCAUCGUGCUCAAA